AAGAAAUUUGAGGCAUAAAAAAAAAGGUGAAUCAUUGGUGAAUGGGGUGCCAGUGAAAGUCCAGUACACGAAGGACCACUGCAAUAACAUUCUUGAAAGUAGAUGGAUACAAGAAAUAAUGAUGAUGGUAAUCUUUGUACUGAUGAUUGUGAUCAAGACUCAAAGAUAAAGGAUGAAGAAUCAGCAAAGGCAGAGAAAUGGAAAAAGCAUUACUCAUCAAAGCAUAAGAUUCUCCUUGUUGGGGAGGGUGACUUUUCUUUUUCUCUUUGUUUGGCCAGGGCUUUUGGUUCUGCUCACAACCUCGUUGCCACUUCCCUCGAUUCCCACGGUGACAUUGGGAAGAAGUACUGUAAUGGAGUCAGCAAUGUGCUGGAACUUGAAGAAAGAGGCUGCCGUGUUUUUCACGGGGUUGAUGCCAAGGAAAUGAAUAGCCAUUUUUUUCUCAAGACUCAGAAGUUCGAUCGCAUUGUGUAUAACUUCCCUCAUGUUGGCUUUAUAUACCCAGAGAAUAGCCACUGCCAGAUCCAGUUGAACAAAAAGUUGCUGAAGGGUUUUUUGGCAAAUGCCAAGGCUCUAUUAAAGAAGGACGGUGGGGAGAUUCAUGUUACACAGAAAGAGGGUGAUCCAUACAACAAAUGGGAUCUGGUGAAGAAGGCAGAAAAUAAAGGGCUGGUUUUGCUGCAAGUUGAGCCAUUCUUGAAGGAUGAGUAUGAUGGUUAUGACAACAAGAGAGCUGAUGGAAAAUCAUCUGAUGCAUCUUUCCCGGUUGGGGAAGCUAGUACUUACAAGUUCAAGCUCCAAACAUCUAACACUAAUAAUAACUGAAAGAUUUCAAAUGUAUUUUGUUAGAAGAUUAACUUCCAUUUACAUAAACUAGUACAUGAUGCCAAUCUUGGAUUUGCAUCUUCUGUAAAUAUAUGGAUCAAGCCAGAGUGUUGGAGAAAAAGAACAUUUGGGUUAUGUGCUAAAUCAACUCCAAGUAAAAUUGUUGAAAUUGACCCUGUAUGUCUACUUUUCAUUUCAAAAACUAUUGAUGGUUAUUUCAAAAUCUUCAGCGUAAGCAAAAAGAAUAGAAUUUUUAAAUUCCAUCUUAUGUUUAACAAGUGAGUUGCAUAUACACUGAAUAAGCCAUGCAAAAACAAAGUUUCAAUCAGUAGUGAAGGUUUUUGAGCUAACAAGUUGGUUUAAAUACGGUGAUAGUCAAACUUGGCGAGCAUAUAAAAGUUGAGGAACAGUGUGUGUAACAGACAAACAGUGCCCACAUUCAAGUUAGAGAUAAGCAUCGAUAGUUAAAUAUCAAGAGACAAGUUGUAGAAUCUGCCGCGUUUUGCUCAUAGUACCGUCCAAAGUGAACUUGCUAUAAAUUAGGUUUGCAUAUAGAAUGGAAUGUAUCAGCUAGAAAAGAUGGUGAGAAAAGCAGCUUUGAUAAUUGCUCUUUCAUGGCUCUUACUGGUGACAUUCAUAGUCGUUUCUGCCACUGAUGACAACACAAAGGGUCUUCCCCCAACUUCUAAGCAUAUCAUUUAUUAUCCUCAAGGUUGUAGGUGUUGCUGGUUCAUAUGGAAGCCAAUGAUCAGAUGUGGGAACGUAUGUUGUGGAGAUGGAUGUUGCUCUUAAACUUGGCCAUCACAAGGUUGAAGCAGACCUUCUAUAUAUGCUUCUCUUUACCACUCAGAUGCAUAAAUAAUGUAAUGCAAUAAAUAAUUAUCCACGAAUGCAAAAAAAUUGAAUAUGUACUCUGCUAGAUGUUUAUAGUGUUUACUGGUUUGUUAGUUAAUGUAAUCAAAGUUUCCCUCUUCUAUAUGAUUACUCACGAGAAAAUUCAACU